GAAGACCAGAGUAAUAUGUCUGGCUCUGAGGACGGCUCGUUCUCACUAAAACGAGGCUGUAGCUCAUUGUCUACCUCACUGCGGGUUGAAAGAGGCGCCGUUUGUGUUUUGUACAACGUUUCAUUGAUGAGUUAUUGAUCCAGAAACAUCGAAUCUGUGAAUAUCUUUACAACUUAAUCGAAGUAGCAUCAGAUCGAAGUUAGAGAAGUUCCGCUGCUCGGUCACUCUUCACCUUGUCUGCACAUUUCUACUGUCAGAUUAAUGUUAGCGUGUUAAAAAUGAAUGUUAAAGUGAUGUCCUGGAUGUCAGCCGUGUGUGUGUGUUUACUGACGGCGGCAGCAGCGGAUGAGAUGCUGAACAUACCAGGAGGGAAGAUGUUGAUGGGAAGCAGUGCAGCUGAUGGGAAAGAUGGAGAGUCUCCCACCAAGGAGGCUGAAGUGCAGCCUUUUAAAAUCGAUAAAUACCCCGUCACAAAUGCCGAGUUCAGAGACUUUGUGAGAGCGCAGAAGUACAAAACUGAAGCUGAGACGUUUGGUUGGAGCUUCGUGUUUGAAGACUUUGUGUCAGAGGAGCUGAAGAGCAAAGUCACACAGAGGAUUGAGUCCGCUCCGUGGUGGCUCCCCGUUGAGCGGGUGUUUUGGAGGCAGCCUGCAGGACCUGGUUCAGGUAUUCGGGAGCGGCUGGACUUUCCGGUGGUUCAGGUGAGCUGGAACGAUGCUCAGGCCUUCUGCCGCUGGAAGGACAAGAGACUGCCUACUGAGGAGGAGUGGGAGUGGGCUGCACGCGGGGGGCUGCAAGGUCGGGUUUACCCGUGGGGAAACAAGUUCCAGGUGAACAGGAGCAACCUGUGGCAGGGAUCGUUUCCUGAUAGAGACACUGCAGAGGAUGGAUACCAUGGCAUCUCUCCUGUCACAGCAUUUCCUCCUCAGAACACUUAUGGACUCUAUGACAUGAUGGGAAACACAUGGGAGUGGACAUCCACACCCUUUCCAGCCGCACAACCAAUGUAUGUGCUGCGUGGCGCCUCCUGGAUCGACACGGUGGAUGGUUCAGCCAAUCACAAGGCGCGAGUCACGACCAGGAUGGGAAACACACCAGACUCUGCCUCCGAUAACCUGGGAUUCAGGUGUGCCGCCAGCGACAGACAGAAACAAGGGAAGAAAAAAGACAAAAGUGAUCUGUAGCAACAAGCAAGGAAUCAGAAAUACGGCACUAUAAUGUUCAUUUGAACCAAAGUGAUUCGGGUGUUAGUAAUGGAUCUGAUUAAUUUGAAGCUGGCAAAGAACAAGAAAAAAGAAAGGGACCAAUUAAAUAUCAAUGAGUAACAAUGACUAUGAAUGAUUGAUGAUGGUGGCAGGACGAUGUGAGUGCAGAAACAAACUGUAUUUCUCCUGUGGAGAAGAAUUUGAUAAAGAAUAAACACAAACAAACAUAUCUAACAUCAAAGAAAGAAAAGGUUCCUUGUUGCUGUUUUUCCAUAACGUAGUAGCUUACACCCUGAAACAUGCUGCUAAUUUUAAAGGCAUGAGAGAAGAGACUUGUUGGAGCGUCUCAUUGUCUAACUGAAUGGAAGAAACGUCAGCACUGGUGCUCUUCCGUCUUUCUUCUGUCUUUUGUUGAGUGUUUUCGUGUGACUGGAGAGUAAAUUGGUCCGUUGCUUCAGUCACAGCCUCCUCUAAUCCCGUCUUUGUCUUUUUGUUUAUUUUCUCAUCACGAGCGUCCGGCCGAGUUUGGGCUGAUUCUGUUCACCACCACAGAUGAGAAGCUCCAUCCAAAGUCCAGUUUUCUUUAAGUAACUGUAUAAAGACUUGUUUCUGUUCUUAACAAAUGAUCGAGUGUUUUUAAACUGGUCACAUAAUCCAGACAUGUAUUUCAAGUGAGGUGAAAUUUGGUUUUAUUGUUUAUUGUAACAUACAUAAUGCGGAUGGUUAGAAUUUUUAAAUCGGCAUAUAGGAACUUUACCAUGUAGCUUUACAAAAAGACAAGAAAUAACAAUCCAAGUAAAAAACACAGCAUUUAAAAUAGAGUAGUAGAUUAUAUAUAUAUAUA